AUGCCGUUUGCCUUGUUCAACUCAGCGGGAGACCAGGUGCGCAUUUCGCAUAUUCCAAUUGGAGGCGGCAACUCGACAAAGAAGCAAAACCAGUCCCUCGGUGUAUUGCAAACCAGCAGCAGUCUUGGACAGCACACCAACUCUGAGAAGCAAUGGAGCAACACCUCAGUUCAGCCCACAUCCAGCAACGUGCUAGGACCGGCUAGGGGCGUCUUCCCGUCCCGUCCGGCGUCAUAA